CUCAGAUGUCCUUGUAGCUAUGGAAACUCAUCAGCGGGCAGCAUCCUCCUCCAGUUUGUUCACCCCGUCGUCUGGACAGCUAAGCUAAAUUUGUAUGUAAAACAUCGGUUCAAAAUGGCGAUCGGCCGUCAAACGCUUUCCUUGGUGCUCCUCUCAUGGCUGUGCAAGAGUACAGCUUUUGCUGUAAUACUCCGAACAACUGAAAAAUCAGUAUGGACAAAUGAAUUUGAAUCAAUUGAGUUGACCUGCUUGAUAGAGUCCAUUUCUACAAACAAUCCCAGAAUUGAAUGGAAAAAAAUUAAAAAUGGUGUACCCAGCUAUGUGUAUUUCCAAAAUAAAAUUUCAGGUGACUUGGAGCACAGGGCUUUGCUGAGAGAGCCUGCAAACCUUCUGAUCCUGAACACCAGCAGAUCGGACACAGCUCAGUAUCGCUGUGAGGUGGCGGCCAUCGACGACCAGAAGCCCUUUGAUGAAAUACUAGUCAGUCUCGCUGUAAGAGUGAAGCCGGUGAUGCCCAGGUGUAGUGUGCCGGACGCAGUUACAGUGGGUUCAAGCACUGAACUGCGCUGUAUUGAGAACGAAGGCUUUCCACAGUCACAGUAUCAGUGGUUCAAAAACAACGAGGAGCUGCCAGAAGACCCGAAAACCAGCAGCAAGUUCUACAAUUCUUCAUACACCAUGAACACUGAGACUGGUUCGCUGAAAUUCCGGUCUGUGAAGAAAGAGGAUGCAGGUGAAUACUAUUGCCAGGCCAGGAAUGAGGCAGGAUGGUCAAAAUGCAGUCCUCAGACCAUGGAAGUUUAUGAUCUGGACAUUGUGGGCAUAUUCCUGAAGGUGUUAGGCGGAGUGGCAGCAUUUAUAUUAGUCAUUGUGGGGAUCUGUCAGAUUCAAAAAAGUGGCUACUGUUCCUGCAAGGAUCAUAGGGAAACCAAUUACAAAGUACCCCAACAUGACAAUAGGAUGGACUAUGCCAGUCCAGAUGAGGGACAUUUCCGCCACAAGUCCUCCUUUGUCAUAUAAAAUCAAAGAAGAGGAGACGAGCGCUUCAAUCGUGUGAAUGCCUUGUGAGCUGACUUUUGAACUGUCAAAUUGUGCUUUUUACGCUGAGGUGCAUCUUGAGCUUCAUGGCUUGCCAAAGUUAUAACAAAAACGAAUGCUACUGUGUCGAACAGGGAAUUUUUACUCCCCUUAUUUUGAUUUUAACAGACAGUAAUCAAACACAGGUUUACUUAAAACUCCACUGUUUAUAUGUAAAAAUUACAUUCAAUUGAACAAUACUCAGAUUUAUAGCUAUUACAUGCAUCUUGUAAAGUAAAAAAUUAUUGUUUCAGCAAAUCAAAAAGGAUUGAACUUAAUAAGUAACAUAAAAGAUGAGUUUAAGUCUUUCCAAAUAAUUGUGAAUUUCUGAAUGUCAGUUGCAGACUUCAAAUUGUAGCAAGGCUGAAAUUGCAUCCAGGUGCUGCUGUAUUUUUGCCCAAAAGUAGUCAACACAUAAUACCAGUGCAAGAACUUACAUGUCUUCAAGGCAAAUAUUACAUUUCCCACUGGAAAUAUAGUGUGUGUGACUAUGUGAAGAAUCCUGUCAGUGUAAAUGUGUACAAUACCAUGCCAAGACUGUUUUAUCUGGGUCACUUUUGACAAGAGGAUUUUAUGUGUUAGUGUUUCAGCAGUGGUUAUUUAGUUCAUGAACUAUACAUUUGUAGCAUUUUAGUUUGAGAUUUAAUCAAACACCUCCGUAAAGUCAGUCGACUUGGUUGUGCAAGAUGAUUCAUUUACUUUUUUGAAAUAUUCCUCUAGAUACAGAUUACGCACUUGUGGUUUUUUUCAGAGUGCCAUUUCUGUGUUUAAGUGACCUUCAAUGCUUUAUAAUUGUUUUAUACGUUUUGGACAUAUUGUCCAGGUUUUAUGACUCAGUGUUAUUGUUUUAAUCUAUUUAUAAGAUCUACGUAUAUUGUAGUUCACUCCAGAGUAGUAGUUAGAUAGACCGUGGGCCGUGUCACAAGAAUAAAACUGAUUAUGUGGAAGCAAUCAACAUAGUCUAUCCUUUCAUUUUGUUUUUAAAACAUGUAGCUAUAUAUGUAAUUGGACCAUCAAAUUUACUUUGUUUUUAAAUAAAUGCAGUGGAACGGAGGUAUUAUCUUGAAAUUUGAAAACAAGAACAAGAAAUAAACUCAUAAGUUUCUUUUAGCUUCUUUUUUAAUAAUUUGACAAUAUAUUAGUCAUGCCUCAUUGCAUGUCCCACUGUCUAAAAACAGUAUGACAGAAAAACAAAUGAACAAGAGAGCCUGGGUUCCAUCAUUGUACUAUAUAUGUCAUACAACUGAACUUAAUAAAAUAAUCUAAUUUCAUGAAUUGGGCAAAUCUAAUGGAUAUGCCUAAGCAAAUUGACAGAACAGAACAAAAUAGAACAGACAGGGGCCAGUAUAUUCCAAUAUGUAAACAAAUAUAAAGAAAGUAUCUCUAAUCGAAUUAUUCAAAGUGUUUGUUGGCAAACCAUUUUAUUGUACAUUUUUAUUUAAGGCUCAAUGUUAUACAGUUUUUACCUUUUCAUACUAUUGAGUGCCAGGCAAUGGGUAGACAGAAUCUAAUAAGUGUAGUUAAAGGGAUAGUUCACCCAAAAAUGAAAAUUUUAUGUAUAUCUGCUUA